AUGUGGGAUACGACAAUGAUGACAUCCACAGCAACUUCAUACGAAAAUUUCUACAACAUGCCCAUCAAACAGGAGCUCCCCGAAAGCGAAACUGAAUCCCCCAACACACAUUUCGACUCGAAAAUGUUCAUGGAAGCCACGGGAAAUGCUCUUGCUGCUCAUCACGCAUUCCAUCCGCUUGGCUUUAAUCCUCUCACGCCGCCCGGAUAUCCAAAUAUUUUGCUUCCUACCCAAAGAAAUGCCCAAAAUGAUCGCCCAACGACCCCAUUAUCGACAUAUCCGGGCGUCUCGAGCUCUUUAACGCCCACACAUACACCUCCAAUCGACGUUACGCCGCCAAAAUCGCCAAAAAAUGAUUUCACCCCGGAAAAAGACGACUCAGAAUGCGGCGAGUCCUUUGAUGACAAUCAUUCGAUCGUGAGUUCAGAUAAUGCGGAUUUAGAUUCAAAAGUCCCGAAGGUAAAUUCUCAUGGGAAAGUUAAGACGCAUAAAUGCAAACAGUGCGGAUUUGUCGCGGUAACGAAGCUAAGUUUUUGGGAACACACAAAAUCUCACAUUAAACCCGAAAAAAUGUUGACUUGCCCAAAAUGUCCCUUCGUGACGGAAUAUAAGCAUCAUUUGGAGUACCAUUUACGGAAUCAUCAACGUUCGAAGCCGUUUCAAUGUCCCUCAUGCAAUUACAGCUGCGUGAACAAGUCAAUGUUGAAUUCGCAUCUGAAGUCACAUUCGGCAGUUUUUCAGUAUCGAUGCGCGGAUUGCAAUUACGCGACCAAAUAUUGUCACAGCUUGAAGUUGCAUCUUCGGAAAUACACCCACAAACCGGAUGUCGUCUUAAAUCAAGACGGAACUCCAAAUCCCUUGCCCAUAAUUGACGUUUACGGGACGCGUCGCGGGCCAAAAACGAAAGCUAACCAAACAAAAGCCGAUUUGGAAGUCUUGAAUGUCGCAAAAAGGAUGAAAAUUGAGGAAAAUCACGAAGAAACGACACCCAAAAGUGCUCCCAAGCCCGAAAUGAUGCCAUCGAUGUUGCCGAGUGCCUUGGCAAACAUGUUCCAAUCACAAAAUCCAUCCCUCUUUCCAUACCUGAACCUCAAUUUACAAAUGUUGGCAGCUCAACAACAAGCUAUGGCAUCACAACUCUCCCCGAAUUUCCCCCAAUCGCCCAAAAAUGUCGCCGAAAGUGAUGAUUUCGCCCUAAAUUUGACGCAGAAUAAGACUCCGACCAAAAAUGACGAAGCCCCGACCGCAUCUCAAGACCUUCAUGUCACUCCCGUUGGCAAAAAUCGUCGCAAGGGACGCGCCUUCAAGCUCCCGAGCAUCAUUCCCAAGGCAGAUCACGAAAUGGAACGCCCUUCGUCGGCAUCGUCGAACGAAAAUGAGCCCCAAAGUCCCGUAACGCGCACAGAAACGCCCGAAUCGCAAGUACAAUCGACAUCCGUGGACCCGAAAAAAUCCUUCGAAUGUAAAUUUUGUGAUAUUUCGUUCCGAGAUGACGUUCUUUAUACUAUUCACAUGGGUUACCAUGGCUACAACGAUGUUUUCAAAUGCAACAUGUGCGGGGAAAAGUGCGACGACAGAGUUUCCUUCUUCUUGCACAUUGCUCGUAGUUCGCAUACGUAA